UUGUGUCGUGUGGAAUGGGAAGAGCAGACGAUGAUUGUUGCUUGCAGGAGUCGAAAGUGAGAGCAGAGAAAAUAUAAAUUAUGACGAUUUCUGAUAGAAAAACUUUAAAAAAUCGUAGUAUUUACUUAUGUGUUGCUAUCGUAAUAUUAGUUGUAGCAACUGGAACUGUUAUGUUGGGAUUGCAUUUUACUCUUAGGAAAACAAAACAGAUUGUUGCACCAACUAACGUACUAUUAAUUAUUGUGGAUGAUUUAAGACCAGCAUUAAAUUGCUAUAAUGAUAAGGUAGCUAUUACCCCUAAUAUUGACCAGUUGUCACAACAUAGCAUAAAAUUUAACAAAGCAUAUGUUCAGCAAGCCCUUUGUGCACCUAGCAGAAACUCUUUUCUUAUUGGUCGAAGACCAGACACCAUUCAUCUUUAUGAUACUCAUGAUUACUGGAGGAAGACUGUAGGAGAUUUUAUAACACUACCUCAAUAUUUUAAAAAUCAGGGGUUCCAUACUGUAAGUAUGGGAAAAGUUUUUCACCCUGGCAGAUCUUCAGGAGGCACUGAUGAUUACCCAUAUAGUUGGUCAGAUAAGCCUUACCAUCCUUCAACUUUGGCAUACAGAAAAGACUGUUACACAUCUACUGAAAAAUUUAACAACUUAUAUUGUCCUGUUAAUGUAAAGGAACAACCAGAGGGAACCUUACCAGAUUUGCAAAUAAUAAAUCAAGCUCAAAAGUUUAUAGAAAAUUAUUCUAAAGAAAAAUCUGAAAAUUAUAAGCCAUUUUUUCUAGCUGUUGGUCUACAUAAACCUCACAUUCCAUUUAAAUUUCCUAAAGAAUAUGCAAAUUUAUAUCCUCAUAUUGAUCUUGCUCCAAAUAGACAAAUUCCUAAAGGUAUGCCUGAUGUUGCUUGGAAUCCUUGGAUGGAUAUUAGAUCUCGGCAGGAUGUAGAAAAACUAAACAUCAGUUUUCCUUAUGGACCAAUACCUGAUGAUUUUCAAGAAUUUAUUAAGAAGGGUUAUUAUGCUUCAAUAUCAUAUAUGGAUGAUUUGAUAGGAAAAUUACUUUCUACAUUAGAAGAAAAUAAUUUUGCUGAAAAUACAAUGAUUAUGUUUGUUGGAGAUCAUGGUUGGUCUCUUGGUGAACAUCAAGAAUGGGCAAAAUAUAGCAAUUUUGAAAAUGCAUUGAGAGUGCCUCUGUUGAUUUACAUUCCUAAAGUAUUAGAAACAAAUGGAAGGAUUUUUGAAUAUAUACCUCUGCAAGAUUAUAUUGAAGGAAGAAAACUUAAAAAUGAAACACAUCUAGAAAAAAGCAUGGAAUCAGAUGAAUUAGUUGAACUAGUUGAUAUACUUCCAACUGUCUGUGAUAUAAUGGAAUUGGAAACGCCACGUAUUUGCCCCCAAAAUUCAACGUCAGUCAAGUUUUGUACAGAAGGUAUUAGCCUGAAACCAUUGAUAGAAAAUAUAAUUGAUCAACAAAAAUAUAUCAAUGUUAAAACUAUUUCUUGGAAGACAGCAGCCUUUAGUCAAUAUCCCAGACCUUCUCAACAUCCUCAAAAAGAUAGUGAUCAACCAGACCUAAAUGAUAUUAAAGUUAUGGGUUAUACUAUAAAAACUAAAGAAUAUCGAUAUACUGAAUGGAUAAAAUUUUCUCCACAAACAUUUUCACAAGAUUGGUCAGUUGUUUAUGCAAAGGAAUUAUAUAAUCAUACUGCUGAUCCACAGGAGAAUAACAACGAAGCCAAUAAUCCCAACUAUGAAAAUAUUAUGAAGAAAUUAAGUGAGCAACUAAGAAAUGGUUGGAAUUCCAGUCUUCCAUCCCAUAAUGUGUACUAAUUUUAUUCUAUUAAUACAUAGCAAAAUCUCUGCUGGACAGAGUAAGAAGUAUUGCCAGCUGUAUUAUAUCAAUUAAUAUUUAUUGUAUAAUUUAGAAGCUAUUGAAAUUACAGAAACAUUUUUGAUGUGUAGAAUAAAAAUUAUUGUAAUAUCAUCUAAUUGAUCAUGUGGUAUGGAAUUUUUGAAGUUUAUAUAGAUAGUAUUUUUUUAAACUCAUAUUUUGUUACUACCUGAUUUAUUAAAUAUUUUCUAGUCAAUUUUAUUCACAUAA